AUGUCAUCAUACACUUACGGUUACAACUCGACGGCAUGGUAUCGCUUUUGGUGGUGGACUCCAGGACAGAGGUGGCCUACUAGUGAAACCGAUGUUUUGAAGAGCGCCUACGGGAAAUGUAAGCCAGACGAUCUGUACUGCUUCCAAAGGCUUCCGCCUUGGGCCGAGGAAGAUUCAACCGAGCUCCUUGCGAUCGACUCAGACGGGACCGUGUACCAAUGGAAAUUUGAUUCGAAGAACCCAACUGCACACGCCGCAUGGAAAGCUCUCCAUGACCACAAGGAAUCCCUGGCAGGUCAAAUUGUGAACAAAAAAGCCUGGAAUCCGCUAACUGUGGAAGGAAGCAAGCCUAAAGCAACUCAAGACUCCUUUAUGUAUCGAAACCAGAACGGCGUUAAAUCUUUACUUCUGGAUGAUGAUAAUUGCGACUGUCUAUCAACUUUAAGCCUGGGCCAUGGAAUGUGCGGUAGUGGUCAUAAUAAGAGAUAUAGCAGCGCUAAGGUGUUUGGUGUCGAUAAGCUGUACGACCCAGGCUGCCGAGGACCGUCUCCAACAUACGGUGUUUCAUUAUACUUUCAAACCGCCAAGAAGAUAGCUCUUGACGAUUAUGGUGGAGGAUGGAAAGCCUUUUGGUGGUGGGGAAAAGACAUAGCAUGGCCAAAACAUAUCACAGACGUCCUUGGAAAUCCCUUCGGGUCCUGCCAGGAGACUGAUAUUUACUGCUUCCAACGCAUUCCCAAAUGGGCCAAAGAAAGUGAAACAGAGUUGCUCGCUGUGGAUUCGAGAGGGACGGUUUACAGGUGGGCUUUCAAUCCCAAAAACCCAACAGCACAUGCCGCCUGGCUUGCAUUUCACGAUCACCACGAAACCCAACAUAGAGUAAUAUUAAACUCAAGUCCUUGGAAUCCAGUUGUUCUUAAGGGAAAGUUAUCAUCCAGAACUCAAGACUCCUUCAUGUACCGUAAACAGAAUGGAGUUAAGUCCCUUCUACUUGACGAUGACAACUGUGACUGUGAUUCAUCACUCAAUCUUGGUCAUGGAAUGUGCGGUGCUGGCCAUUCGACAAGCUUCAGCAAAGCAAAAACGUUUGGAGUUGAUGCUCUCUACGACAGUGGAUGUCACGGUCCUGUAACAACCAUAGGGCUCACUCUACAUUUUCGGAUUAGACGCACAGACCUGAAAGCGUUUGGUGGGAAAUGGAGAGCUUUCUGGUGGUGGAAUAGAGGCGUAGACUGGCCCACUUGUGAAUCCAAACUGGCAAAUGACGUUCUCAAAUACCCGUAUGGAGAAUGCUCCGUUGGUGAUCCGUUUUGCUUUCAGCGGCUUCCAUCCUGGCUGGAAGAGGACUCCACACGCAUACUAGCAACAGAUUCGCAUAACAACGUCUACAGGUGGACGUUCAAUGCCUCUAACCCGACAGCUCAUGCAGCAUGGAACGCAUUUCACGACCAUAUAGAGACUUUAUCCGGUGUUGCGUUGAACAAAGAUCCCUGGAAUCCUACAGUGUUGAAAGGAAAAUCUCCGACUGUUGACCAGGAUUCGUUUACUUAUUCUAGAACGAACGGUGUUAAGUCCGUCCUACUGGAUGAUGACAACUGCGACUGCCUCUCAACAAUCCAGCUCGGAGCUACCGCCUGCAGUAGUAACAAGCUUAAUUCAAACGCGCGUGGAGUCGAUUCUCUGUAUGAUCCUGCUUGCAAUCUACCAAGCCCCCAAAAUGGACUAACUCUCUACUUCCAAGUUCCUGACCCACCUAUGACCUUUAAAGGAUAUGGAUUCAAGUGGACAGCUUUCUGGUGGUGGCCAAAGGACGGACAGUGGCCAAUUAGAGUAAAAGACAUUUUGGAAAAACCAUUCGGAAAAUGUAAGGAAACCGAUGUUUACUGCUUUGGAAGGCUUCCAUCAGAUACUAAAGAAGACAGAACCAAGUUGCUAGCUAUUGACACUGAAGGAAACAUCUAUCUGUGGAAUUUCUUCUCUGGAAAUCCAACAGCACAUGCAGCCUGGAAAGCCUUCCACGAUCACGCAGAAACCCCAGUCGGAAAAAUAAGGGAUAACAGAGUGUGGAAUCCUAUAGUAAUAAAGGGAACAGCACCAAAAGCCAACCAAGAUUCCUUUAUGUACCGAUCCCAAGCUGGUGUCAAGUCCAUUCUGUUGGAUGACGACAAUUGCGAUUGUCUUUCAACCAUCAGCCUUGGACACGGUAUGUGUAGGUCUGGGUUCGCCACGGGCUAUGCCGCCCCCAAACAACGAUUUGGUGUUGACGCCCUCUACGAUCCAGAGGCCACCAAAUGCAACACACCACGACCUAGCAUUGGCUUGACUUUGUACUUCUCCAUCGCAGAAGAAGUAGCCCUGCACAUGACUUCAUGCAAGCACGGUGGAAACUGGCUGGCGUUCUGGUGGUGGACUGCUGGUGCAACCUGGCCUACUGACGAAAGAGACGUGUUAGCCUACCCAUACGGCUACUGCAGCCCAUAUAGCGUGUACUGCUUUGGACGCAUCCCAUCCUGGGCGCGAGAGGCUAAUACCGAGAUGCUUGCAAUUGACUCUGUAGGAAAUGAGUACAUGUGGAAGUUUGACCCCCAUAAUACCGUAGCACAUGCCGCUUGGUUGGCGUUUCAUGAUCACUUAACCACUGCAGCUGGGAAAGUGGUGAACAAAAAGGACGGGUGGGAUCCGGUGGUGCUAAAGGGAAAAAAACCGAAAGCAAAGCAAGACUCGUUCAUGUAUCGGCAACAGAAUAACGUCAAGUCCAUUUUACUCGAUGAUGACAACUGCGAUUGCCUUACAACGCUGAAUAUAGGUCAUGGGAUGUGUGGCUCUGGGCACAGUACAAGUUACGGGCCUGCAAACAGAUUUGGAGUAGACGCACUUUUUGAUCCACGCUGCUAUGCUCCUCGUCCUGAAAUUGGUUUAACGCUAUAUUUCCGCGUAAAAUAA